AAAAUUAACAUACUAAAUAUUGAAAAAUGGUUUUUCACUUUUACUAAUGUUCUCGGUACUUCUUAUCAGACGUACUAUAGAAUAUAAAUACCUACAUACAUACAAAAUAUUUAACUACACACUUUCAAAACGCCACCAUGAAUAUUAUUGUUCUAUUCGGAUUUUUGCUGCUUUCUGCUACAAAUUCAAAUGCACAAAACUAUAGACAUCAUUGCAGACAAGGAGAAAUCGCUCCAAUGGACAAUAGAGGUGAAAAAUGCACUUGCCUGGAUGGACGAUGGGCUUGUACAAGUACUACAACAUCAGCUCCUGUGACAAAUUGCGUUCCAGACGAAAAUAUAGAUUACACUGAUUUUUGCGGUUGCUUUUGCUUGGACGGAUGGUGGGCCUGUGCCGAUUGUUUUCCACCAGAUUCAACUUCAACAACAGAAUCAUCUACAAUAGAUUGCCAAGAAGGUCAAACAACUUCUUUCGAUAACGGUUGCAAUACUUGCCAUUGUACAAAUGGUAUGUGGGCUUGCACAGAAAAACUUUGCUUGACAACCACCGCAACUUCUACCACUACAAAUACCUGUGAAGAUGGAGCCGUAACAUCUUUUGAUGGUUGCAAUAAGUGCACUUGUAUGAACGGAGUUUGGGGCUGUACAAAAAUCUUCUGCCAAACUACAACGGUAAAACCCCAAUGCAAAGAAGGACAAACCACCUUUGAUGGUUGCAACAAUUGUUUUUGCAGCAACGGCAUUUGGGCUUGUACAUUGAAAUUUUGCUUUGAGACAACAACACCUACAACUGAAGAAGAAUGCGAAGAAGGUGAAACUAAGGCAUUGGAUAGUUGUAAUAAUUGUUUUUGCACUAAUGGAUUUUGGUCUUGUACCAGAAUAGCUUGUCCACCAAAUACUAAUAGGGAAUCUACGACAGAGUCAUUAUCAACAAGAGUUCCAAGAAAAUGUAAGCCUGGAUCUGGUAAAAUUGAAGAUUGUAACAGGUGCUACUGUACUGAAACUGGGAUUUGGAUUUAUUCUAAAAUGACGUCAUGCAACAAUAAUUAACAUCCAGCUACUCAUAGAUAUUUUAUUCCUGAUGUUUACAGGAAGGAUUUUGGUUAUUGGCUUUAUUUUAUUUAGGAAUAAUAACUUUUUUCAAUUAAAUUUUUUGCUAAUCCUUUUAAGAUUAUUUCCCAACUUUUAUUUAUUUAUUUAUUUAUUUAUGUGAGACCCCAAUUCAGAAACUUAAUAUAUGAUGUUGAAUUGGCGAGCGGCGGCUUUUGUUUCUGAGUGGAGACACAGAUUGAUAGGGGUCCUAUUUGCGGGUGUAAGAGUAAAACACAACUGUGGACUAUUAUUUUAAUAUGAUUUUAUUUAAAAUAAAUUUAUCGGGCGUCGGCCACAAAGGCUUGAAAUAUAAUAACCAAAAUUUUUACUCUGACUUAUUUAAAUUUAAAAUUUCACUCUUUUCUCACAAAUACCUUAAUUCUCUUAUAAAAAUUCCAAUAGGUAAGUUUCGUAUCAAAAGUUUGCCUUAUCAAAAAUAAUGUUAGAUAUAUUAGAAAGUUCAAUUUUUUUUCAAUUAUCAAUCACGAA